UGCUUAAGCGGAGAAUACACACGCGCGCGCGCGCGCGCACACACACUCACGCACUCUCUCACACGCGCGCGCACACACACACUCCGGAGAGAGUUAAGCGUGUGAGGAUGAUGAAGUCGGCGUGAAGGAGCUGGAGGACUGCCUGCGUGUGUGUGUGUGUGUGUGUGUGAGUGUGUGUGUGUGAGAGAAAGAGUGUGUGUGUGUGUGUGUGUGUGUGUGUGUGUGUGUUUAACCUUUGGGACAUGAGCAGCGGAGUGAAUCGGCGCCUCACCGGUGGGAGAAGGUGGAGGAGAGGUCGAGCAAAACGAGGACUGUUUGCAAUGUUAUCUGCAGCCACUGAUGCCACGUUUCAAAGAAGAAACUGGAAGAUGGUGGUAUGGGUGCUUGUAUCUCUGCUGCCCCUGGUAGUCGGAGACAGGCCCGGGUUUGGCGAAGACCCCGUGGACGCAGUGGGUUUGGUUACGACCAUGCUGGACGAGCAGCCGUUUGACGCCCUACCCGAGGAAGACGAGGAGAUGGGAGACGGAGACAGCUAUUCUCCGUGGCAUAACGUUUUUGAACCCUCGGUUCUAGUAGAGGAGGAGCAUCCAGCCCGGUGGGAGCGUUCCCCACGUUCCUCAGAUGCCUCUGAUGCUCAGUCCAAGGGCUCGCGCAAGAAAAAGAAAAAGAAGAAGAAAGAGAAGGAGAAAGGCGAGGAUGAGGGGCGGGGCCAGAGCAGCCGCGACUGCCACCUGGAGCGGCGUGAGAUGCGAGUGAGGGACCUGGGGAUGGGUUACGACUCGGACGAGAUCGUGCUCUUUAAGUUCUGCGUGGGUUUGUGCCAGAGUGCACGGGGGAACUACGACGCUGCGCUGCGGGCUCUGCUGACCAACGGCAGCCUGCCGAAACGCACAGCACGCAAGGUCAGCGCCAGACCCUGCUGCCGACCCACGGCAUACAAGUCCGUCUCCUUCAUGGACACGUCCACAACGUGGAGGACCAUCGAGAAUGUCUCGGCCUUGGACUGCAAGUGCGUGGGCUAAGUCGCUGUCGGAGGAGGAGAAAAGAAAUCGAUCCCCCCUCGAGAAAGAGUAGCGAAGUGGAGCCAUACGGAUUCCUGAAAUCGGGAUUACAGGAAUGGGAGGCGUUCUGGGAUGAAAGCUGUUCCAGCGAAAGGAGACAGCAAGUGAUGUGCUCCAUGUAUGCAUUCAGCCUUCUGUAUUCCCAAGAACCGGAGUGAAAAAGCCCAGAGUGAUGCCGGACUCGCCCGAGGUUGGGGCAUGGCAUGGAGAAGUUCUUUGGAAGGUAGACGAUGGCGCCGCGAUGGACGCUGAUGGAUUGCUCAAGAACUAGUCAUGAGAAACUUGGCAAGAAACUUUGCGAGACUAUAAUAAGAUGGAAUGUUCCAUUUGUCCAUUUGUUACGGAAGAAUGUCAGAGCUUUGAGUGUGUAUACGUGCCAAUACCGAGUGAAACCAUUGUAUAUUGUUUGAGAAGAAGCGGAUUGUAAUUUGUUUGGCGUUCAGGUUAACAUAUCACACGCUGCCUAAAUUACAACAGCUAUUAUUAUACAUGAUUUUAUAAACUUACAAUACUGAAUUAAACCAUGCCUACACAAAGCUCUGGACUGUUAAGGGAACUGAUGAAAAGGUCUAUAAACGGUUAAAGGAUUACUUUGUCGGGGGGAGAAAAAAAAAAUCGCCGUGACUUUCCUUCUUAAACUUUCGCCCAAUCAAGUCCAGCGUUUUUACUUUUACACUUGAGCUAUGAGGCUAAUGUUUAGUAGCUAGCAAGGAAUGGAAGGCUGUAUCACCCAAAAUCUUUACAUCUUUACAUCCAUAUGCUGCACAAACGCAUUUCCAAAUUUUAAAUCGUAGCUUAUUUUUUAAGAUUUAAGACUACGUUGCCAUCCAUAUUAGGAGACAGAGUCGUAGGAGAGGAUUAGGAGGGGUCUAGGAGGCGGGUUCUAGUUGUCCAAGAUGGCUGUCUCUGUAAUGGUGAGGUAUUGUUCAUGUUUAUGCAUUCAAUAAGCCACACUAACUGAUUCGCCAAGCAAUAUGUCUUAAGGAAAAUAUUAUGCUAACUCACACCUAGAAGAAGUUAGAAUUUGGCUCGGCUGUGAGCUAAUGUUAAUGAUCCUGUUUGAAAGAAUGCUAAAGCACAUCCGCAGUGAAAACAAAACCUAACUAGCUAGCUAAAACAAAGCUUAACUAGCUAUCUAAGUCAUCAAGGUAAUUACAAAGCUUAACUAGCUAUCUAAGUCAUCAAGGUAAUUACAAAGCUUAACUAGCUAUCUAAGUCAUCAAGGUAAUUACAAAGCUUAACUAGCUAGCUAAUUCAUCAAGGUAAUUACAAAGCUUAACUAGCUAGCUAAUUCAUCAAGGUAAUUACAAAGCUUAACUAGCUAGCUAAUUCAUCAAGGUAAUUACAAAGCUUAACUAGCUAGCUAAUUCAUCAAGGUAAUUACAAAGCUUAACUAGCUAGCUAAGUCAUCAAGGUAAUUACAAAGCUUAACUAGCUAGCUAAGUCAUCAAGGUAAUUACAAAGCUUAACUAGCUAGCUAAUUCAUCAUCUCAUUUAUAAAACUGAACUAAGCUAAUUCAGUCAAUUUAACAUUAAAUCAACACACGUCUUUAGAUUUAACGGUGGAUUUUAGGACAAUAUCUUACUAAGAAAAAAAAGUCUCUUAGCUUUUGAGAUUUUUUCUUCAACAAGUACGUCAAACUGAAAAUGUAGAGUAAAACCUAUGUUGUUUUUCUCUUUAAAUUCUACUUGAGUAAAGUACAGAUUUUCCCAAAGAGUACUUAAGUACAGUAACGACGUACAGUUACUCAAGUAUUUCCCACUCUACAGUUAAUACUCUAGCUAGCACUUAGCUACAUUAGCCUCGUAGCUGCCUUACAAACGUCAGACAGCAAACAUGGCUGACUGACGACAUUUAGGAGAAGUGGGAAAUUGCUGUAAUGUGUUAAUGUGACGGCUGACGGCUGAACUGAUCCCGAUCCGGUCAGCGAUGUAACACCAGCAGUAGCAUGACACCAGGAUUAGCAUUUCUACCUGUUACAUCUAUUACACCUGUCAUUGACGUUGCGACCGACUCCAAUGCGUUUUGUCGUUGUGCUACAACACGGAUGCUGUGCAUCUCUUAGCAUUUACUGUAUGCUUCAUAGGUUCAAUAUUUAUUUUUGCAUCUAAGUUAUUUAUUUAUUCAUUCUUGUGUAUAAGGAUGUGUUUUUGACCCAUUAUAUAUAGAUAUAUAUUUAUUAACGUGUAUAAUAAUAAUGUUUAUUUGCUUCAUUCCCACCUCAUUUGUUAUUUGAAAUCGGCAAGGCUUUGAUUAAAAAAACAACAACAACAACAACAACAACAACAACACACUAAAACCUUUCAAAAAGAAGCCUUUUUUAAUGUUUAUUUUUUAAGAUGUGAAGAGUUUCUAUAAGGAGUUAUAAAACGUUCCGGGUCAGAAUCGAGCUAAUUAAUGUGUGUAUCAUCACACUGACCGCUCGCCUUGUUGCUAUUUACUCUCCCUUUAAAGAAAAGCUGCUCUCGAGGAAAUACUCCAAUGUACAACAGUAGUUAUAGUAGACAUUUAUUAGUUUUUACACAGUAUUUGCAUAUUAUUAUUAUUAUUAUUAUUAUUAUUAUUAUUAUUAUUAUUAUUAUUAUUAUUAUUUUUGUACAACCCUGUAAAGAAAUAAAGCUGUUUUUAUGUAAGGUG